AUGUCUUCUGUAUGUUUCUUCUCUUCCCAUUUUUUGCUCUAACCUCCUCCCUCUGACACAAUUAGCCUUUCUACGCUUUUGCUAACCUUGAAACAGUUCAGAUUUUUCUAUCCUCAACUUAACUUCAACAAUCUCCUCGUGGCCGUCAACAAACUCCAGGCCAUUUCCAGCCAAUUCGACCCGGAGACCAGAAAAGAAAUCUCUAUCGCCGCUGAGCAAUUUCAAAAGGUUGAGAAAGACCCAGCCAAGUACGAGGCCCUUCAAGAUUUCUUUUCCUGCAUCGAAAAACUGGUCAAGCUCGGAGCACAACGCAUUUCAUACAUGAAAAUAGGCCACCAGGUCAUCUACAAUUUGAACGGAAAAGACGGCUACCGCAUUCUCAAGAGUCCUUUGGCACCACAAGUCUUCAACACCUCAGCACACCCAGCAGUCCCACCAGGAUUGAAGCCCACAAGUCUUCCUGGACCAGCCAACACAGCGCCAUUGGCCCCGCAACCCUACUCCCGGGAAACCAAUCCAUCAGGCACAAUGGGUGCUCUCGCUUCCACCAACUUCAUGACACCAGAGAAGAAAGUAGCAACUCCUCUUCCACUCAAUCCUCGUCCAGCAUGGGAGCCCGCAAGUCUUCCUGGACCAGCCUAUACCGCGCCAUGUGUCCGACUAAGCUACUCCCGGGAAACCAGUCCAUCAAGUUUAAUGGAUGUCCUCGGUCCCACCAACCCCACGACACCAGAGAAGCAGGUAGCGGCUCCUGCACCAUUCAAUCCUUGUGUCUUCAAUCCCGACCCAAGGUACUCGCAGCUCCUAAAGUUCCCAUUGCUAUCUCCAAAGGUCACAGACAGUCAAAUCACAGAGUGCUACACGUCAGCGUUCCCAGAGCACUUGUUCCCAAAGUUUCAAGGUUUCCCACUCCUAGAGGUCCCUGUAAACAGUGGUGUUCGUCCUCAAACCAAGAAAUCGUGGAUCUAUUAG